AUGAUGAAUGCAAAAAAUGUAAUGAGAAUUGCUAAACAUGUCAAGCAAAUUAAUGCACAAGCUGUUUUGAUGGCUAUUUACUUUCUGACUUUAACUGCAAAUUAAUUUAUACCUGCCAUGAUUUUUGCAAGACUUGCUCAGGAAUUAGAGAUGAUUAAUGUGAAAGCUGCUAUGAUAAUUUUUAACUUUAAGACCAGAAGUGUUUUUGUGAUACUUCAAAAGGAUAUUACAUUUAAAAUAAAUCGUGUCUCCAAUGUGAUAAGGCUUGUAAGACUUGCUAUGGAAGCACCAGUAGUGAAUGCAUAAUUUACUAAGAGGAGUAAAAAGUCUCAGAUAAUCCCAGUGAAGAAACAUUUAUGA